GUGUGAUCAACGAGCCAGAAUGCAGCAGCAGCAGGACGACCUCAGGCCGGCCGUUUUACCAGUCUCUGGCGCAACUGCGUACGUGAACAAUGCAGUGGGUCCAGGCACUGCGACUUUCGCAAGUUUUCAACAGUAUCCAGGUAUAACAACGUUGUCAACACCAGUGCCAGGAACUGCAUAUGCGAUUGGUAUGGCCAACAUGCCGCAAACCAUGCCGCAAACCAUGGUUUACAACACGUAUCAACAACCGCAAAUGCUUCAGAAUGCGCUCCCUCCAUCCUUGCCACUCCAGCAGCAAUCUUUCCACUUUCAAGCACAACAACAGGCACCGUCGCAAUAUGCACAAGUUCAGCCGCAGAUACCAUCUACUAGUUUGGUUCCUCUCGCCCAUAAUCAGGCGUUUGGGCCGGCUGGGUUUCCGCAGCAGGUAGCAUAUAUGCCGCAUCAGACUUCCGUGCGACCGAAUCCCGGGCCACCGCGGUUGGAUGCAACUCCAACAGCAUCAAACCCACAGACACAAAUUGCUGUCGCUCCCAUUGUGAUACCAAAGGAAACGGACGCUACAGCACGGGAAGUACCAGUUAGCCCAAAUUUUAGUCAUAGUACAAUUGAGAAGAUCCUCAAGAUUAACCAACAUUUAAUAAGGAUAUUACUUGAGUACCAGAACAAUGGCUGGACGGGAGAACCUGAAUACAAGCCAUAUCAAGAACGACUGCAAACAAAUCUCACAUACCUAGCAACUGUAGCGGACUGGGUAUUGAAAGCUCCUCAGGGAGCUACAAAAGGACAGACUCCUCCUGCGCUACCAGAGAUGUCUCCGGUUGUGUAUCCAUCACGUCUCCAGCAUCUUUCGAUUACCAACGGCACAUCAAAUAAGACAACCAUUAGUCACAAUGAUGUGAAGCCGUCCGUGACACCGCCAGGACCAGUGUCCGUACCUGCAAUGAAUAUCCACCAGGGCAAACCCAUUAGGUCCCCAGUGCCUUCCGCUGGCAUGUUUACCAGCGUGUCGGCACAGCAAGAUCAGAAAACGCCCCUGCAACGGCAGGAAGAACAACUGGAAUUGCAGAGACGGAUUCUUCAACAGCAACACCUCCAGGCACAACCACAGCAGCAGCAUCAGCAGCAUCAGCAACAUCAGCAACAUCAGCAGCUUCAACAGCUUCAACAGCUUCAACAACAUCAAUAUCCACAACAACGACAGCACCAGCACCGAGCACACGCACAACCGCAGAUACAAGCGCAUAUGCCGCAACCACAAGUAUCGCCGCAGCACUCACGCGCUCAACAGUUGCAGAGUCAGUACGUACACCACCAGCAGAUUCCGCAGCAAUAUAUUCAACAGCAGCAACACCGCGGCACAGAGUUAUCGUCGCCGACGCCAGGCGUGGGCACGGCACCCACAGGUGGAUUGCUUGGUUUAUCCUUGCGCGGCUCUAUGCCUGCUGGUGUCCUUACAUCUGCACCUGGAACCAACGGGUUGCAAACGUCGGCGCUAGUUUCAACCUUGGCUACUGAAGUCCAAAACGUAACUACUCCGAAUGCAAAUUUCCACAACGCCAGCGUCGCUGCCUUUCCGCAAGAUAAAUCGCGCAUUCUCCCAACGGUUCCAACAUCUCUCAACAUGAAUUUUGCGCACUCAAUGCCCAUGUCUAACAGCGCGGAUUCUGCAGCAUCAUCUAGUCCGUCGCCUUAUGUGGGCGGUUCUCUGUCUUCCAAUUCAAACGCGUUUGCUCCUUCGACUACCUUACCAAAUACACAGCCGUCUGUAGCUUUGGCCAACACGCAAGUUGACAGACGGGCUAGUGAAACCAACCUGGAAGGGCCCAUGGAGAGCGGCACGCCGACCGGAACUAAUACUAGUGAAGUCGAGCCUAACCCCGCCUUGCUCGCGAUUGCCGGUAGGAAGAGGUCUAUCCCGGAUUCCGAAGAUCUAGUAGUCACAGAAAGAACUGGAUUUCCUCCCGAUGAAAUAGUUGACAGUGAAAUUCAGACGUUGAAGUCGCCCAUCCUACCUGAAGUUCCUGCAACGGCCGAAAUGCAGCCAACUGAAUAUCUUGAGAUGGAGCCUUCAGGAGCGCCAAAUAUGGACAGCAGCGGUUCAUUUGAAGUCGGUGGCGUGUCUGAUCCCGUAAUUCAUAAACCAGGAAAUAGUCCUGAAACCGACGGACCAGAAUCAGGUACUGUGGGACACGAAGUGCCUGGCGGGGAGCAGAGUCCAAUUAGUGAUGAAUCGCCUGAUAUCCAUCCGAGAACUUCUCCUUUCGACACCUUGGAGGGCCCUUUUGCGAAUGAGGGCUCCAAUGCAGAGAUGGAAAGUGAGCACUUGCCUGCUGAUAUACCAGAAGAAGAGGAGUUAGCACAUCCUGUUGAUUAUGAUGCAAAAGAUCAGCAAUCAUCCAGCGUUUCUUGCAAGUCUGCGGAGGACGUCUCCGUAUCCGAAAUUGGAAACCCCCAACAUACAGCCGACAUCACAGAGAAAGAGGACUGGCUGCAAGGACAAUCGGUGGAGGAUCGGCCUAUUGAAGACGCUGCUACUCCAAUAGUCGAGGGACAGGAUCAAGCGGAUGGAGAUGCCAUGAGUGACAGAGAAUCUACGGAAUAUCCGAUUGAAGAUACCGUGGGUCAAGAAAAUGAAGCUCCUGAUAAGAAUUCAGAUGGUGGGCUCUGGAUGAACAUUGAACAACAGAAGGAUGAAUAGUGGGGGACAAUUUGAUGGUUCUGUCUCACGUAUUCCAUCCAAGAAAACGGCACAUUUACCGCAUCAUGAUGCAUAUUGUGGUGAAAUGAGUAGUCUCUCAUGUAGACCUGUAGAUUCUCCUAUAAAUAAUACAAACCAUUCAACCGAUA